UGAAGCUUUGCGAGUCCCUUUGCAUCCUGUUAUUUUUUUUUUUUUAUAUCACAACCAUGUUGCGGGGAGGAAUAUUCGUUGGCGAUCUUGUUUUCCACUUAGAAUGCUUUGGGUUGGUCAGGGUCUGAACAUAUAUGGCCACAUUUAUCGGUUCUAGAAGCCAUCAGGCCGACCAGCUUGACAUUCGAUGGGAUCUUCCGGUUCUUUAUUUUCUUUAUUUUCGAUCUUUAACUUCCGGUGUGUUCCUGAGCUUGCCCUGUUUAACCCCACUGCCUCUCGUUACAGGUCUCUCUCUUUCCUCGUGUCUUUCGCUUAUCUGGUCUUUUAGUUAUAUUUUCCUUUCAUUUUGCGAUGCCUCUUGCCUUCUGACUGGACGCAUAACUUUAUUAGAAGAUACCCGCAUUUCUUACUAUGCUGAGAGGAAGUGCCGUGAUAAUAUCCGAUCUUGAGAAUACUGAAAAUCAUUUCUAUAACGAACUGAGUACUUAUAGCGUCUGAUUCAAAUUACGCUAAAACGAUAUCCGUUCGUUCCAUGUCCGAUCCGCCAUUUCUGUAUGAGGCAUUCGUUGCAACCAGAGCUUAGUAGCCUU